CCUCCAGGGAUGGGGCAUCCACAACCUCCUUGGGCAGCCUGUUCCAAUGCAUCACCACCCUCUGAGUGGUUCUUCCCCAUGGGAUCUGUUUUGCACAGUGGACGGCACUGCACCCAGUGGGAUGAGCACCUUUGGCUGUAGGCAGGCCCCUAGGUUAGCUUUUCCCAAGUUAUUGGUGCUGGUAGGGUCUUGCUUUGCAAGAAGUUGUCUGCUGGGGGGCAGUGUUAGAUACUUCUCUGUCACACCCUGUGUGCACUAAUGCCAAAGCAUCCAGGGAGGGAGUCAAGAUGUUUUGUUCUUAAAAUUACCAGGUGAAACUCUUAAUAUGUACUGCGAUUAGAAAGGCCAGGGAUGCAAUUAGAAACUGAGGAAACUGUUCACUGUGUCUUUCUUUUUUCUUUUUCUCUUUUUUGAACAACUUGAGAGAUGCUGACGUCCCAGUGCACUAAAGAUUGCCCGUUUCCUAAUUAGCACUCAUGUUGAUAGCCAGAGAUUACCUGGCCAUCUGUAAUAUUUCUAAUGAAUUGCCCUAGGAAGUCUUGUGUCUGUUAUCCCCCCCCCAAUCUUUAAUUUGUCUGUUAAUUGAUUUAUGCUUAAUACAGGAUGGCUUUUGAAUGCUCUAAAGGAGACCUGGGCAGACUCUGUCAUUUCUCAAAGACAGCACUGUGUUUGGGCUGUGCCUGUGGCUCGUGUCAGGUCAGAACCCUACAGAGAAACACAAUUUGGUUCCUUCCCAUGUAGUUUGUACCCUCUUAUGCGAGCAGCUCAAUGGCCUGCCCCUUGAAGGCUUUUCCCCCAGCUCCUGUGGUUUCUGGGAGCCUCUGCCAACUCACUUCCCUGCCCAACAUUUCAUGGCUCAGGCACAGGCUGUUUCUAAGCUCACUGACAUGUUUGGGCAAAUUGCUGGGCCUUGCAGAUACCUCCUGGCCAGACUGCUGCGGAGCUGAGCUUCCCAGCCAGAAAGGUCUCCUGAAACCCCACUGCAGGCCACGGGAGUUGCAAUCAGCAAUAGGAUUGUUGCUGUGUUGCCUUACCUCAUCCUAGAGGAGGACGCAGCAAAGUGAAGGCAGGAACUCCGCUCGGAUCGAUUCGUGUUGUGACCUGUGCUCAUCUGAGAGUGCUUCUGAGCGUGGAUGCAGGUUGUACUCGUUGUGUUCGGAGGAAUGAUCUGAGUUACAGUGUGACUGUAAACUCCUGCCAAGAAAGGCCCAGGGGAGUUACAGUAGGAAACAGAAGGGGUGGUGAGUUUUCUCUUAGACUAGCAUAAAAUUGGAGCAACCUAGCAAAGUCACAAGUGCUCACAGCUCACACUUUGGUAAAGGCUUGGGCCUUUUGCUGCCAAGUAUUACAUGGCAAGACUGAGGCCUUGCAUGUCAGAGUAGAGCCCAGCUGCUUAUUUAGCAAAUGUUUGUGGUUAUGCCUAUAGCCCUGGUGAUAGCAUGCACACACCCAGGCAAAGCGGCCGUAAGACUGCUGUGGACUUUGAGCUCCAGAAGGCAGGCACUGCUGGGCUGCAUGUGUCCCCAGCACGGUUACACACAGCCAGAUCCCACUGUGGGAUCUGUCACUGUCCAGAGCAACCACCAAAACAAAUGGGGGAAGGUCUAUACAGCCCAUAUCAGAACUCUCAAGGGAGGGGGGGGGAAAUGUAGUAUUGUAUUGAGUGAGCAAAGGGGUCAGGAUUUACGGGACUGUAAACUACAGAAGGCUUAAUUCUGCUCUUAAAUAUGCCAGGGAGAUCUCAGAGCCAUUGCUGCAGUUGUCCCCCCCCACUCAGCAGUGUGAAGGGUGCAGAACGUGACCCUGACAUUUGGCUUCAAAAAAACCACAAACUGAUGAACAUCAGACUGUUCUGGCUGUCUUUUGAAAAGGCUGAAGCUCACUGGGCAGGAGCCACUGGUCUCCUAAAGAAAAUGAAGCUUUUCCUUUCAUUUAGUGACUUUUGGUAACGCUGACUAUAGUUUUGGAAGUCUUGCUUGCUGAAUUUCCGCACCUGUCUGCUGGGAGGUAUCCAGCAAGGGGAAACCCUGCUUUUAAUUUCUGCUUCCUGCUGACCGAGUUGCUUACUGGGGACAGAACUCUGAGGAGAGGUGAGAUGGGGCCACACUUAUGGCGUCAGUGGUAGGAAAUAGCAGCCUCAGUGCUUUAAAUCCCAGCUGUAUGGGGUCCCUUCAGUUGUCAUUUUAAGGGUAUAUAUGUGUGUGUACUCUUAAACCUGUAUAAUACAGUUUUAAGUGAUCUUUUUUUGUGUGUGUGUGUGCAAGCACCGUUCUUUUCAGUCUUCUGCUUGGACGUGGAACUCUGUCUCUAGCUUGGCCUUCAGCUCGAUUGAUCCCAAAUCGCUACGGGACUUUCAGAGCCUACUGCCUAAGCCAUAGCAAGGAGCGCGCAUCGCCUUUACGGCGGCUCUUCCAGCUCUGUCGGUCCGGAGUCCGAGCGCUGGAGGCGCGGUGCCGCCGGGGCUGCGGGUCGGGCACGGGCACGCGUGGGGGAGGACGAGGAGGAGGAGGAAGGAGGGAGGCGGGGGAGGAAGGCCGGGUGAGGCGGGGCCGUGACGCGGGCCGGAGGGCGAGGAGCUCGCCGGAGCCGCCCCUGGCGUCAGCGCUGGCGGCAAGGGCUGGAGCCGGGGCUGCUCCCGCCUCCUCCUCCUCCUCCUCCUCCCUCCUCCUCCUCCAUUGUAUAAUGCUGCGUGAUCGAGCGGAGGCUUAAAUCCUCCUCCUCCUCUUCCUCCUCCUCCGCACCCCGGCGCAGCGCGGGAGCGCCAUAUGGAGCUGCUGUGAGGGGCGAGAGCCGGCGCCCCGCGUGCUCGAGUUGCCGGCUGGAGCCGCAUGUGAUAUAUGUUGGGGAAAGGAGGAAAGCGGAAGUUUGACGAGCAUGAAGAUGGGUUGGAAGGCAAAGUGGUGUCUCCUACCGACGGUCCCUCUAAGGUGUCGUACACCUUACAGCGUCAGACUAUCUUCAACAUUUCCCUUAUGAAACUUUAUAACCACAGGCCAUUAACCGAGCCAAGCUUGCAAAAGACAGUUUUAAUUAACAACAUGCUGAGGCGAAUCCAGGAAGAACUCAAACAAGAAGGCAGCUUGAGGCCCGUGUUUGUGACCGCGUCGCAGCCCGCCGACCCUCUCAGCGACAACUUCCGCGAGGCCCAGCCGGCCUUCAGCCACCUCGCCUCCCCGUCCCUGCUCCCCACUGACUUGGUAAGCACUACGCCCCUGGAGUCCUGCCUCACCCCGGCCUCCUUGCUCGAGGACGACACUUUUUGCACUUCCCCGACCGUCCAGCACGACGGUCCAACGAAACUACCACCUCCUGCUCUCCAGCCAGUCAAGGACAGCUUCUCCUCAGCCUUGGAUGAAAUCGAGGAGCUCUGUCCCGCACCUACCUCCGCAGAGGCAGUAGCAGUAGCAGCCGAAUCAGCCGCCGGUGACUCUAAAGCCCACCCCUGCGAGUCCAGCGUUCCCAAGCCCGAGGGCGUCGCGGAGAGCAGAACGGCCGAAUCCAAACUCAUGGAGCCGCUCCCUGGCAACUUCGAGAUCACGACUUCCACAGGUUUCCUCACAGACUUGACCCUGGAUGACAUUCUGUUCGCUGACAUUGACACGUCCAUGUAUGAUUUUGACCCCUGCACGUCGGCCGCGGGGGCUGCCUCCAAAAUGGCGCCCGUCUCGGCGGACGAGCUCCUAAAGACGCUGGCGCCGUACAGCAGUCAGCCAGUAACUCCAAAUCAGCCUUUCAAAAUGGACCUCACAGAACUGGAUCACAUCAUGGAGGUGCUUGUUGGGUCUUAAAGUAUAGAAAUAGAGAACUUUCUCUCUCUCUCUCUCUCUCUCUCUCUCUUUAUUUUUAUUUUUUUUGUUUUAAGUACCAGUAUAUACACUCGGUAGUAUUUCCAUCAUCCCUCCCACCCGAUUCACAGCACUGUGCAUGCGUCCUUGCUUGCCUUUUUGGAAAAGAAAAGGAUCACACUAGUUUUUGCUUCAAGCAGAGUUGGAGUGCCUUCAUCCAUGUACGACCACUUCUAAUGUAUUUUUUUCCAAGUGGUUCCUCAAGGAAGACCGAAUAUCCCGGUAUAGGAAAGAAUACGUAUUGUAGACAAUGUUAUGUUAUUACAGAAAAAAAAAAAGAAAAAAAAAGAAAUUGUACAAGCUAAGCACAAGGAUUAUGUUGGGGAAAGCUGUAAAUUGCAUGUGCAUAUUUGUCUAUUUUUUCUAUAAGUUUUAUUGCGAGAGGUUAAAAAAAAAAAAAAAAGAAUUAUUAUUUAGAUAAUCUCAAUACCAUUUUAGCCCUGUAGAGGUUGACUCAGCAAUUCAGCCUUUUGGAGGCAUUAACCCGCUCCUCUUUAAGUGUUGCAUUUACAUGGCUGUUCAGAAACUGCUGCCCAAAUUUAUUUUAUAUUUUUGUACAGAUUCUGCAGUUUAUGAUAUUGUUUUUUCUAAAAACAAAUGCUGUUUAUACACACAGAAAAAAAAAAAUAGCUAUUUUGAUAGGAUUUGCUCACAUAGUUCCUGCAUAAUUCAGAUGUACAAGAACCACUUGUACUUUUAUACAGAGUUGUAACGUUUUAUAUGUGUAUGGUGCAAAGAGAAAAUUAGAUCAAAUAAGCCUGCGGUCGGUUUCCCUGAAUGCAAACAAAACAAACCAAGUGCUUUAAGAAAGGGCUGGCAGCUGCUUCUGCAGGAGCCUCGCCAGCGUCCGCUCCCUGCUGUACCCACUGCGCACUACUGUGAUCCCCAAACUCAGAGCCAUGUCCUUGUCCAACACGUCCACGGAGCGGUCGGCAGGAAACAGCUGUGGAACUGCACCCGGCGCUGCUCUCCUUCCCCCCCUUGGCUCCUUGGUUCCGUGCCAGCAGCACCCGCGGGCCCUUUCUUGGAGCAUCUCUCCUUUCCUCGCCCCACCUCACUGUGCUAAGUGCUGAAAAAGGCAACUUCAGUAUUACUGCAGUGAAGCUCAUCUCUUACCUGCACUGGAUGGACUCGCUUUCGUAUCCAUUGCUGUUGAAACUGGAGCCAGUCGUGUUACAUCGCUCGGCAUCUCGUAUAGGGUUGGUUUCUCGUAUCGACUGCGUUACCUGCUUUACACUUUAUAGACCUGUUUUACAACAAAUAUACAGACACAGCUUUCUAUGCAUGAUCCCACCCCCCCGUGACACCUGACAAGUCUUCUCAUUACCGCACCGAUAGCAUUUUUUGAGUUCGUCGUGGUGUACAUUUAAUUUAAAGACAAAACGCUCGCAGUGCAUCAUGCCUGUCGCUGAAGUCGCUGUGGCAUUUUAGUUUUCUGAUGGUACUUUAGCUGUUGAGCGCCGGUUACAACCUAUAUUGUUGACAUGCCUAUGGCUUCUUUAGGAAUAACUUUUAUAUUUAUUUAAGAAAUUUUAAAUUAUGUUUGACGUCAUUUGGCAAUAUUCAGUCAGCUCUGCUCCCUUCUUGUCAUGGAUGAAAUUGGGUCUCGCUCGCCUCAGAAGGAGGCAGCUUUCUAUAAAUUGGCACUUUAAACCAGGCCAUAUGUAUUUAUUAGCGUAGAGAUAGAUAGCUAGACAUAGAUCUGCACACAGACAGAGCAUAGAAGCAAACACAUUUUGCAAUGAAGGAACUCCUGAUGGAAACAAAAGGCACCACGUCCAAUCACCAACCGCUUCUGCAUUCCUCCGCCCUGCAGAGUGGGGCUGGAGGCAGCCGGCCCAAGGAGGGUUUGCUUUCCUUUAUUUCCAAACCAAACUCGGUGAUGCUGAUGGAUCCGACGGACUCAGCACGUAGGUGAUUGCUUCCAGCACAGGUGCUGACCAAGCACGGCACAGGGACCACGGCAGCAGGAGGGCCCUUGCUCAGCCACAGCCCCCCACAGCAGCUCAGCCCCCUCAGAGCAGCGCUGGGGACGCAGCGGUGCCCAUUGCACAGACCUGGAGGCACGCAGCACCAGCAGCCAUCUCACACCGUAACUCGCCCUGUGCUCGCAUCACCGUGGUGAAAAACCAAUUGGGAGCACACUGGAGCUGCCCUUGUUUUUUGGGGGUUAUUUACACAGUCAAACAAACACCAUAUGUUAGGCAGAAGUUCGCGUAGAUGCUAUUUGGGGAGCGCUGUGCCGUUGCUCAGGCGCAGCUUGCCGCAGUUUUGUGCUCACAGAAGAGGGGAUGAGCACCAAACACACCUCACCCUGCACAAGGCAGCACUGCAGCCCGGGUCCCAACAAACAGGAGCCCUAUGCCAGGCACGGAGAGUGACAUUAAUGUGCAAUGAAGUGACAAGAGGGGAGCAGAAUAAAAGAGCUUUGGAUUUGAAGUUUCUUUUUUUUUUUUUUUUCAUAAAUUAUUUAUUCUUUUUUUUUUUCCUUCCUUCUGUAAAUAUAUUUAUUUUAUUGUGAAGCUAACAACAUCUGGAUUGUAACAUGUACAGAAUGUAUGGUAGGAAUGUAUUCUCUUGUAGGAAUGUAAAUCUGUAUGAACAAGGGUAUGGGAGCCAGAUUCAGAGCAAACCAAUUGAGUUCCAGGCAGGACAGGGAUGGGUCACAGGACAUUUUUUUCCACCUUCACUCUUUCUAGUAUGGGUUCAGUUGCUGGAAAUCUGGAAAGAAAAAAAAAAAAAAAAAA